GCGAGUGAGAAUUUUAUUCGUAGCCAGGAUUUCCUCGAGGUGCUCGUGAGAGUCGCUCUGAAUCCCGCGGGACUCGAUAUCGCGUGGAACUAUAUACGGUCAAGGUGGGACGACCUCGUCAGGAAAUACACGCUGAGUGACUACACCAUGGGCAACGCGAUUGCCGCGAUAGUGUCUCUUUUUAAAGACGAGGCCAGAUUGAGAGAGCGCUUUUCGCUCGCGGCGAAAGUUUCUGUCGUCCGCGGCAGCGAGAUGAACGGACCGGUGCAUUACGCGCUGGUGGCCUUCUGGGAGAAGUCCGGCUGCAAGAUCGUGGCGGAUUACCCCGCGGAUCGGGACCCGGCCUAUCGAGCGAUCGCCCUCAGCACCGUCGACGGCCUGAAGACGCUCGAGGACGACAAAAUCAGCAUCGAUCGGGGCAAGUACACCGUGCACGUGCUGAUCGGCGAGCUCCACUACGCCUGCUUGACAUCCAAGUCGGACUGCCCCUCGUCGGCGAUUCGAUCGGAGUCUUGCUCCCAAGUGUUCCUGGAGAGGCUGCGGACCGUUUACCGGGAGUUACCGAUGUUAGCGGAUCUCUCGAGAGACCUGACCAACCUCGCGGUGGUGGAUCUCUCGAAGCCGCUGAAGAAGAUAACCGAAGAGUUCAACCAGCAGGAUGUCGAUCCCAAGACGCUGAUCCCGAGGCUGGAGGGUGAAUUGGCGGAAAUACGCCACGCGCUGAUGGACGGGGUGCAGAAGCUGAUCGACCGGGGCCAGCGACUGGACGAACUCGUGCGCAAAACGCAGAGCCUCCAAAUUACGCUGCGGAAGGACUUUCACGUGGUGCCGAGGAACUCGCGGAAGAAGAAGAAGAAGAGCGUCCUGCUGGCGACCGGCGCGGCGGCCCUCAUGUUCAUAUCGGCCUCGCUCUUCAUGCUCUUGGUCUACAUGGGGAUCCUGUGAUCGUUCCCUGCGCGAAACAUCGUUUCGAUAUCUUCAAGUGCGCCGUCGGAGUUUCUGCGAAAUAAAAGAGACGCGUCGCUCUCUCUCUCUCUCUCUCCCUCUCUCUCUCUCUCUCUCUCUCUCUCUCUCCCCCUCUCUCUCUCUCUCUCGAGUGGCGAGGAAACGCACAACGGAGACUCUUUGUAACCCUGUCCGUUAUCAUUGUUCCCAUGGCCGCAACUCGCGCUGCAUUCGCGUUAAUCGCACACGCGAUAUAAUUAGGUUACUAGGUUACUUUUUUAACCGCGUGCGAUAUUGACGAUCGAUUGCUCCACGAAGGAUGGCAACGCGCGCGAUGAGUCAAGUCGCUGAUCUGUGCUGCGCUGCGAUAGUCGCUCCACGCGAUAGUUCGCGUCUGAAAACGAAGGUUAUAAAACAAGGCAUAUUGCGCGAUUAGAAGAGCGGUUUGCGGUGAGCUCCACAUGAGUCUAUCUAGGCACGAGGUACCUUGUGCCUAGCUUCCGAGUAGCCGAGGAAUGGCGACGCUGCUGAGGUUCAAGAUCGAGCCAGACGAGUUGCGACGCGCGAUCCAAGCGAGGCACGACCAGGCCGAGCUGUCGAGACGCUCGCACUUUGUCGCGGCGCGCAAAAUUCAAGUGAGUCGCCAUCCGGCCGGUGUCGACGGUAACCCUGAGGACAUUACGUAUACAUAUUGGAAAUCCCCGAUGAAUCCAGGCCUGGUUCCGCGGCGUCGUCACUCGCGCUCAUCUCCGUAGGCUCCACGAGUGCGCGACGACGCUGCAGCGUCACUGGCGCGGCUACCGCACCAGGAUACUCGCCAGGCGCUACCUCAUCGAACAUGUACACCAGAUGUGGCAGGAUUAUUACGACAGCAUGGCGACGAGGAUCCAAGCCAUCUGGCGGGGUUAUUGGGCGAGAAAAACGCGGGCGAAUGUUGUGCAGCUGCGACGGUGGCUGCGGGCCGUUUACGCGAAGAACGACGAAGUUUGCGAGAACAUGAAGAAGUUAGUUAGUUCUUCAUUCAUACUUGUCGCUUGUUAUCAGAGCCUCUGAUGCAUCAGAUUGCGGAUUAGAAGUUAGGUUUGAUCAGAGUUAAUUAAUCUGAAUUUAAUUUUGGACGGAUUUCGAUCCUGGCUUCGUCGACCUUCGUCGCAAGUUUGCGACCUCAAAUCUUCAGUUUCCAGUUAUCUAGCACGAUGCGAGCUUCAGCUUGACGCGUAUUCUCUUCGUCUCAUAGAUACAGGCAAGCGGAACUCGAGAACAUGGAGAGCGCGAGCGAGCGAGAGUCGUUGCUACGGGUUUUGUUCGUUCUCUUCAAGGUAGGACGUUAAAGCUCUUACUUUAGAAUAGAGUUCCCACAUGCGAGCUCGAGGUCGCAUUUAACGUCUCGUUCGUGUGACGCGUCGCCGCAGCUGCAUCAUUUGCUGAGGACCGAAUGCCGUCCUGGUGUCAUCACGAGGAUCGACGAAACUCGCUUCACGUACAUCGAGGAGAUGCUCAGGUGUCUGCGUUACAAGCACUACCUCCCGCGAACAAAAUUCCCUCGCCAAGACCGCCGAAUCGGCGGCCGUGGGUCCUCCUCAGUCUCCCGCGACGUUUGCUCGCGAAUGUGCAAGAGGAAGUUGCAAGAGUUCGAGCAGAGUUUGCGAAACGUGCCCGUUUUCAGAAGCGCGGUCGGUUAGUAUACGUCAGCCUUGACUCGCGGCGUAAUUAUAUUGAGAGAGAGAGAGAGAGAGAGAGAUAAUUAUAUUAAGCCAAAAGACAAGAAGAGAAUAUUUAUUCGGUGGAUACGGAAUGAGAUAUCCACUCAGAUCUAAAUGCUCUUCUUUGAACGGAACGAGCGAUUGCACUAGGAAAAAAAUUUAGUAUCUCUGACAAAACUGUUUAGUUGAGGCAUUUUUUAACAGCAACCAAAUAUCUUGUUUUAUAUAACAAAAGAUUUAGUUGUCUCAACUAAAU